AUGAAUGCCGAACCCGUACAGCCCGGAACCUCUGAUCGAAUUGGAGAUAUUGUUUCCGAUGACGAGGUCAAUUUCGGAGUUGGCAAGUCUUAUGCCUUGACGCACAAGUUGGCCGAUAUCUACAUACCACUAAUAGAGCAGACACGACAACGAAAGGAACUCAGCGGCGGCGGCGUUCGAGAACUAGAAGGCAGGCCAAUGGGAUCGACAUCACGACUACAUCGCCUGGCGCGAUUCAACGACCAUUUCGACACUUUAUCGAUUUCGACCAAAUACCACAGCGCAGGCGACCUACCGAAUGUCACAGUCAGACCCCUCCAAAAUGUCGACGAAUCGCCCAUUCCUGGCGAAUUUCCUCGCCGCAUUCAGAGCACAAUCAGCCUUCAAGGCACCCUCCGCGGCUGGAUCGCAGACUUCCUCACAAAUAACCUCGGGUGCGCGAGCGAUAGCCACCAAGGCGACAUCAUCAUCUUCAUCAUCGACGUCGACUCUUUCACCGUCAUCCUCAUCACAAAAUGCAACUACAUCAGCAAAUCCGUCAACAACUACGACAACGUCGUCGCAAACUCAACAACAUCMCCAUCCACAUCAUCGAUCACAUCACCAUCACCACCACCMCCCUCCACAUCACAGGCCUUCGCCGUCCACAACACGCCCACAAUCACAUAG